UUCUGUCCAGCACUUUGAGAUAUCAGCUGAUGUAAGAAGGGCUAUAUAAAUACAUUUGAUUUGAUUUGAAGGAUUUCUAGAGGAAGACAAACAGAAGAGCUUGUGGCCAGCACCCUCUGCAGACAUGAGCUGGAUCCUUGCCCAGAUCAAGCACUUUGCACUAGUCUGAGUCAGUUAACACAUUCAUUGGUAUUGUAAUAGUUAUGUCAACUCGACAAACUGCAUCAGAUUGUAUUUAACAAAUAAUAAUUGUAUUGAAAUGGAAAAGCUCCAGGCCCUCAUUGUUCUUUUCCCCACAUAGUGAAAUACUAAUAUAUGCAUUGAUGGAGGAUGGAGUCAUGGUUCCAACCAUUGUACAGCUGGAGUCACUUGGUGUUGACCCCUCAGAAAAUGCCUACCCCACUGCUCCCGGCCUUCCUCGAGUCGUCCUGCAUUUCUGGCUGCCCCUCCUGAAGGCUCUCAACUCUCAGCUCUUUAUUCACUUCCUCCUGGAGAAACUGUUUGUGGAGCUGCAGCAGCUCUCUGAAGAAGUCCAGAAACACAGACCCUUCUAUAUUGCUGGGUGGAUCUCUGAGGUCAUCCUCUGCAACGCCAACUGUACAAUCAUGUUCUACCCCAAUAAUAAACUAAAUUUAAAGACAAAACAGUGCCAGAUUUACCUGAUAACAUUAUGAAUCAAAAAGCCAAAGGAAUGCCAGACUGGAGGACAAGAUCUUCAUGAAUCGUAUCCAGCUGAGGUGGCAGCAACUCCUUGCAGCAUGUCUGAACGCUCCGUGUGGCCAUGCCUCACCUGCUCCAGCAGCAACUGACUUAAUUAUGUACACACAUCACUUAUUGUAUUCUCUACUGCGCUGUACCAGCUUAUGACAAAUAUUUUCUGCCAUUAUGUUUGAAAAUGACUUACUGUUUGAACUUUUGGUAUCCUGGUGGACAUGGAGCACCUGAUGCCUUUGGACACCUGACAGAAGCUACUCAGACUGAGUAGUAUCUACACCCAGGGAGCAGACUCAGGGUAUGAUCCUUCCAUUGAGCACGCAGAUCAGCCUAGCUGUAUCUCAACCUAGCUGUAUCUACACCCUGAAGAGCCUGCAUGAGAAGCUGCGGCUGCAGUCUAGACGCCAGGUUCACACGAUGUGCCCAGGCACCGUGUCUGACCCAUGCAAGGCCCAGCCAGAGAGGAUGGAGGACGUCCAAGAGUACCUGAGCCCAUUUGUCCUGGCCGAGAGGGCCGCGGAACUCAGG